CACAUACGCAGCGCACAUACGCGAGGAUUUGGUCAAAGCUUUGACUGGGGGAGAAAAAAAAGUUGACGAAAAAAGUUGCCUUGAGGCAAAGAAAAAGAAGGAACAUAGGUCGAGGAAAAUCUUAAGGGAACAUCGCAGUACACAAAAGAGUAGCGCGCACACGCAUGCUCCGGAGAGACUGUUCAAACCGAGCCCGUUGAGCAAGAGACAAACCUUGGAUCGGGUUCGACUGCGUAACUUUACCGUUGGAGUUUUUUUGUUAGUAACAGUGUUAAAGUUGGCCCACCCUCGGACGGGUUUAUCCAAGGCGAGUGUCGAAUACGCUUUUUUCCCUGGACAAAAGAUCGAUCGUUGAGUCGCAGUUCCUGGACGGAAGACUUCCAUCGUUUAUAUUCGCUGCAGAUGUGAAGCGAUUAAAGGAGAAGGAGAAAAAAAGAGAGGAAUAUUCGCGUUACAUUGACGAUCUGGACAGGAACAUGUAUGCCCCGGACGUGGCAGAUUGUUUUAUACCAAGAUAAAAAACAAUAAGUAACUAAAGCCUCCAGGACCGUUGGAUAGUUUUUCGAAAUAAUAAAAAAAAAGAAUAGACGCCCAUGUUUCGGCCUUGUGCAGAAUUCAAACCCCUUCGCCUUUGGUCCCUCGAAAAGGCGUAAGCCCCAUUUGUAUGUCUGCUCUAAACUCUGUGUUUAGUUCGUUAUAAUUGGGACACCCAGUCCAGUAAGUUCCAGCCCUACCAGGCCUAUCACACCACACACACAACCGCUGGAUCCAUAGCCGCUAUGUCUAACGACGAGGAGAGAUUUAAGUUGGUGGUCGUCGGGGGAGGCGGAGUGGGCAAGAGCGCCCUGACCAUCCAGUUCAUCCAGUCGUACUUCGUGUCCGACUAUGAUCCCACCAUCGAAGACUCCUACACCAAAAUAUGCACCGUGGAUGGAAAGGAGACGAGACUGGACAUCCUGGACACGGCUGGCCAGGAGGAGUUCGGGGCCAUGAGGGAGCAGUACAUGCGAUCAGGAGAAGGAUUUCUGCUGGUGUUCGCCCUCAAUGACCGUGGAAGUUACAAUGAGAUCCAGAAGUUCCACACCCAGAUCCUGCGGGUCAAGGACCGCGAUGACUUCCCCAUGGUGCUGGUGGGGAACAAGGCCGACCUGGACCAGCAGCGAGCGAUCUCGAGGGACGAGUCUCAGGGCUUCGCCCGCGAGCACCGGAUCCACUACAUGGAGGCGUCAGCCAAGAACCGCUACAACGUGGACGAGGCCUUCCUGGAGGUGGUGCGCGCCAUAAGGAGGUUUCAGGAGACGGAGAGCCCCCCCGUCCCGGCCAGCCACACCGGCAAGCAGAAGGGUGGCGGCUGCCCCUGCACCCUCCUCUAGCCGGGCCCGCCGCUCCCGCCGCUCCCAUCACGCCGCUGUUGCCAUGGAGACCAAAAGCCCCCCCCCCCCCCCCCCCCCCCCCCCCUCGCCUCGACACUUUUGUCUGAUGGAGCGGGGGAAGAACAGAAAAGCGAGUGUGUGGACCGCGAGCUGCAGUAUUUCCGUCGGUGCAUGAGUGCUAGUGGCCUUGGAGGGGGGAGUGUGUGUGUGUGUGUGUGUGUUGGGGAGGGGGGGGGGGGGGGGGCGGGGGUAGCAGCAUCUUGGCAGAGAACAAAUCAUUUUUUUCCAAUUUAAGAUGGUUUCAUUCGCACUUUGUUGCUAGAAGCAUUUUUUUUAUUAUUAUAAUUUUUGUUAUGUAUUAACUGUGGUUCUAUCUUUUCAUGUGAAAGGGAAAUUAUUAGUGGUAAGAUUUGAGGGGUAAAUCCAACCUCCUCACUGCCGCCCGUGAGGGUUGAUGGCGGGGUGUGAUUGGAUUCAGCCUUUGUGAACGCCUGUCGAGGUUGAACGGUCUUUUAAGACGUGCUUAGCAAAAGGCAUUCAAAGGGUCUUGCGUUUCCAUCCAAUGACAGUGGAUCAAAUUAGUCUUACAGCUUUAAGUGUGAUUUUUUUUUAUCUUUAAGUGUUGUUUUGCUUUAAAAAAAAAAGAAAGAAGCAGACGGAGGGAUGACUGCAGACGUUUUUUCAAACACUGGUACUAUUUCAUUUUGUUGGUUGAUUUUUAUAAGGCACAAGGUUCAUGAGCAUGUAACUUUUGCAUUAUUUUUCUUUUGCCAUGAUUUUAGCUUAGGUCUAGCAGACCACCUUAUAAAACACUAAAACGCCUUAUAAUUGUUAUGUUUGGGCUGAGCUAGGAUGCUAGUGCGCGUCCCAGCCUCGUAGCCUGGGUGAACUCACUUCUGCCCACCAGUCGCACAUCGAUGGGUUGUGUUUACUUUAUCUCAUGUUUGUUGCCUCAGCACAGACAACGGGCAAGAUAUCCCGUAACGCCCACGCAAAAUGUGCAAGUUAUUACAAGCCAAAUCUAGGUCUGGUGUGUCUAGUGGGGUGGAUGAUAAAAACCCAAACACAUGUACGUUGUUGUUUUAACGUGUGCGUUAUUUGAGUUGUUAUACGUUUCUAAGAGGUCGUGUUCCCUCGUUGAAGAACACAGCAGUCUCCCUAAUGGCCUUUUAAGUGGUGAGAUUUCGGUCCUAAGAGAUAUUAGAGAUGGCUUCCCUACCCCUGGCCUAAUAUAAUUGUUAAUGAGGCUCCCACAGGGAGAAGGUCUCUGUCUAGAUAUCAGUUGUUGCCAUUUGGGGGUAGGGGGGGGGGGCAUAUACAGGAAGUGCAUGGACUAGGAGAACAAAGAAUUCCUACCUGCAGUCAAAGGUCCCAUGUUAACCGUUGUAGUUAGUUCAAUGUCAUCAGCUUUACGUUUCAUAUGCUACAGCAGCAGGGUUUUCACAAGACCAUUAUCGUUGUUUAAUUUAAAUUGAAUUUAGUAUUUUUUGAAAAGAUUAUUACAAACAUUUAAUGGUACAAUGAUUAGGUGUGUAUUCCAUUUUGUCCAUCUACUUUGGUUAUGCAUUCCUGUUUUUUUUCCUACAUGUUUUUAUUAUUCGUCUUUCGACUCGACAUUUCAAUGUUUAUCUAGCUUGCGACAGCAGUUCUCACAAGCAAUUUUGUACCUAAUAAAAAAAAUACCAAAGGAGUUUUGUAUGCAAUUAAACGAUUUACUCUUA